AUGGCGCGAUUUCGACCGUGCAUAGACCUGCACGCCGGCCAGGUCAAGCAGAUUGUGGGCGGAACCCUGAAUAGCUCCACCGCCGAGCUUAAGACGAAUUAUGUCUCGCAACAUUCCGCUGGCCAUUUCGCUGGUUUGUACCGUGACAAUGAGCUUGAGGGUGCGCACGUUAUUAUGCUAGGGCCUGGGAAUGAAGACGCUGCAAAGGAAGCUCUUGCUGCGUGGCCAGGCCAUCUCCAAGUUGGUGGUGGCAUAAAUGACAAAAAUGCUGCUUUGUGGAUGGAGCGGGGUGCCAGUAAGGUCAUCAUCACAUCUUUCCUCUUCCCGGAAGGCAAAUUCAGUCAGGAGCGCCUGGACUCUGUGCUGGCUGCGCUCGGUGGACAAAAAGAUCAUCUCGUCAUCGACCUCAGCUGCAGACGGAGAGGCGAUGAUAAGUGGUAUGUAGCCAUGAAUAAAUGGCAAACUAUUACAGAUAUGGAAGUGAACCAAGAAUCUAUAAAAUCUCUGGAACCAUAUUGCUCCGAAUUUCUCAUCCACGCCGCCGACAACGAGGGUUUACAGAAAGGCAUUGACGAGAAACUCGUUGAGAGACUUGCCGAAUGGUGUAGCAUACCUGUAACGUAUGCCGGUGGCGGGAGAAAUCUCGACGACCUAGAAUUGGUCAAGAAACUGAGCAAUGGAAAAGUGGACCUAACAAUAGGUAGCGCACUAGAUUGCUUUGGUGGCACAGGAGUCAAGUUCGAUGACUGUGUAGCAUGGAACGCUAAACAAGGGAGUUCAAAAAAAUAG